CUGUCCAUUUACAGGAAUCUACUCUGAAGGAGUUGGCACAGGUGGCACCAUCUAUAAAGGAGCAAAGUGUAAGCAGUACACAAAUGGAUGAAGUAACUCCUGAUGCGACUACUGGGACUACUGCCAGAUCAGGAUUAAGAGUAGCUGAGUCUGCAGGACAAGGUGAAGAGGAGAAAUCCAAGCUAGAGAAAGAAAGUGAACAUGAAGAUGAAUCCAGCAGUCUAUCUGACAAAGAGACAGGUUCUGGAGAACAUUAUCACUUGCAUCUUUCCAGCUGCCGUGAAUGCCUGCAACUUGAAAACAGUACUAUUGAAUCAGUCAGAUUUGCCUCUGCAGAAAACAUUCCAGAACUUUCUGAUGAUUGCAAUAGCAAACUGGAAGAGAUGAAUGAUGACUGUCUGGCAAGAGGAAUAAAGAGAGUAAACCUUGCUGGAAAGCCCCCUAAUGUAUUGAUUUAUCUUGGCUCUGAAACUGCAAAAGUGGAAUUUGAGCAGGUAAAAUCAAUCCUUCAGGAAUGCAUCGAUACAGACAGCUACACCAUUUACCAGCUGCAUGAGGAACAAGUUCUGAAAGCUCCAUGGAUUGAUAAUUCACUGCUACUGAUCAUUGCCACAGAGGAGCCUAUUUCAGAGGAGAACCACAAACAAUUUAUGAAGUUUUUAUCUAAAGGUGGAAAGAUUUUAGGGUUUUCUUCAUCUUUUACAUUUGAUGGCAUACAAAUAAAGAGAAAAAACAAACUGAAGAGGACUGUUCAUGAAUUAGUGGUCUCUAAAAUGGACAACACUGAAAUUAAGUUAAAUCUUUUGGUCAGUGGCUGUAUUUUUGAGGAAGUGAUGAAGGAAGAUACCAGCAAAGUGAAGACAUUGAGUCGAUUAAAUAAUGCUGAUAAAGAUAUAGUUAUUGUUCAUCUGACUUACGGAGACAGUGGAGGAGAAGCCAUUCUUUCUCAGGCACACUUGGAAUUGGAUAUUAAUUCUAUGGAUGUCCAAACUGAAGAGGAUUUUAAUUUGCUGAAGAUAAGCAAUACCAAGAGAUACGAAGUUCUCAAGGAGAUCCUGAUAUCACUUGGCCUGAGUUGUGAAUUGAGUGAAAUUCCUAUGUUAACACCUGUUUACCUUCUCUCUUCUGAUGAGGAAAUCCAUCUUGCUUUUCUGAAAUGGCUUGAGGGAAAUGUAGAUACUGAAGGAUUAAGAGCAUCCAGCAAGGUGUCUCUUAAAUUUGUUUCGUCCUGUGAAUCAAAAAUGGAGGUAACUCCAUCUCUCAUGCCAGUCAUCACUGAGAUGGGAAGCUUCUCAUCAGAACAUUUCAGCCUGAAGACAUAUCAACAGAAUCUUCAAACAAAGAAGCUUGGAAAGAUUCUUCUCUUUACUGAAGUUACCACAACAACGAUGGAUCUUCUGGAUGGGUUAAUGUUCGAGCUGCCUGAGGAGAUGGGUUUAAUAGCAAUUGCUGUUCGACAAACACAGGGGAAAGGUCGUGGUGGAAAUGUUUGGCUCAGUCCUGUGGGCUGUGCACUAUCCACUUUACAUAUCGCCGUUCCUCUGCAUUCCAACCUGGGCCAGAGAAUUCCUUUUAUUCAGCACCUGGUGUCCUUGGCAGUGGUAGAGUCAGUUAGAUCAAUACCAGGAUAUGAGGAUAUUGAUCUGCGAGUAAAAUGGCCAAAUGAUAUUUACUACAGUGAUCUUAUGAAGCUUGGUGGAGUUCUGGUAACCUCUACACUUCUUGAAAAAACAUUUCAUAUACUUAUUGGCUUUGGAUUUAAUGUGAGUAACAGCAACCCCACCAUAUGCAUCAAUGAUCUCAUUGCAAAAUUUAAUAAGGAAGAGGGGACAAAGCUGAAGCCUUUAACUGCAGACUGUCUUAUUGCAAGAACUGUGACUGUGCUAGAGAGGCUUAUAGAUAUUUUUCAGGAGAAAGGGCCCAAUGGAGUUCUGCCCCGUUACUACAAGUACUGGAUACACAGCGGUAAGCAAGUCCGUCUCCACAAUGAGGAGGGCCCGAUUGCAUGGAUAGUCGGGAUAGAUGAUUACGGAUUCCUUCAAGUUCAUGAGGAAGGGAAGGGUGUAGAGUCUGUGCACCCAGACGGCAACUCGUUUGACAUGCUGAGAAACCUCAUAGUCCCAAAGCACUAA